GCGGCAUUGGCACUGCCUGUUUUCGCUUCAUCCGCGAUGGCCACACUUCGGUCACCAUCCAAUAACUUCCACGCAGCACCCGCGAUAUAGAAUCAUUCAUCUCCAUCAAUUCUCAUGGCUCUAUUUUCGCAUUCCCGUCCCCAGUUCUCGUCUCCGACUCCAGACACACGACUUGAUACCUGUCUGCCCCGCAGUCUUUGCAUCCGCUCGUACAUAGAAUAGGUAGUCUCGGUCAUCGCUCAACAUGCCAGAUCGCGGGCAUGUAUGCAACUCCCACCAAUAUGCACGCUUGUCCUAAUCGGAAAACACUCUUUGCUCUUCUUUCCCUUUUGGGACCACUCUUUACCAUCCUUCUGAGUGGCCUGGCAAGGCUGCGUGGUGAUCAUGCAGAUUCAUGUGGUUGCCUUGCCCUCCUUCCCGAUCACCCGCAGUUCCGCGAACGUUACACUUUUCGCAAGGCUCUCGAAGUAUCGCCGGAUAUUGGCCAGGAAAUCCAAGACAUACUGGCGACACAUCAAAUUAUAGGAUCCAGCCAACGAAAAUUGUCAAAAGGGCACCUGGGUCUUUCAAUGACAGGUAACCGGGGGCAGUGAGCGCAACCACACAGCCACUGCGCUGCCAUGCUGUCAGACCGCCACCGUCGAGCCCAACUUUCCUCCUCUACCUUUUCUGCAUGUUGAUAUUCGCAACGCUUUCUCUUCUGCAAAUUUAGUUUCUUGGUCCUAGGAUUAUACAUUCUUCAAAGCGGUACAGUACAUCCCGCUUGUAUCGACAGCUUCAGAAGCAUCAUCUCGAGCGUCAGCAACUAAGCUCGGAAGACCACUAAUAAGAUCCAACAUCGAGUGUCACAGGCAUUCUUCGACCAAUCGUGUUUGCAUUCGAUAUUUCACCAAAGGCGCCGACCGCAUGAGAUGAUCCCAUCCGUCAUCCGUCGACCAUCACCUUGGAACAUUGACUCCUAGUGAGGCUCUGCGUGUGACCAACGCCACGGGGAACCUGACGGUUUUCAUGUAUGGUGGGCAAGUGGCCUACUCGCCCUCUGUUUUUGGAGCCUCCUCAUUCUUCUUCAAAUCCAAUUUAGAAAACAAGUCAACUGGUGGCUACGCUCCGUGGUAUUGCUCGAGUCUGAACAAUCCUGCCGAGCCUCGAGUGCUCAUUUGGCCGUGUGCCAAAGAUAACUGGCGUCAAGCAUGAACUACAAUGGCCAAGAUCAAUGGUCCACCGGAUGGGUGCCUACGUCCUCAGGCUGGUCUAAUACCCCAAAUGAACAUCACAUUGACCAACAGGCCGACGGGGUGGAAGAUCUUAUAAAUGGAUUUGGCGCAACAAGCAUCGGACACCAGCAAGUCUAUGAUCAGAAUUCAGCAUAUCACAUCCAGACAUACCAAAUUCCUGCAUAUCGAUAUCAUCAGCAACAACCGUACCCCAACACAGUCUACCAGCCCCAACCUUUUCCGAACCAACAAUAUCAGGCCACGCUAUUUCCAAGCCCAGGCUACCUAACCUCCACAUAUUCGAAUCCCGCAUUGCAUGAACAGUUUCUCAGUCAGGCGGGCUUCAGUCAGACCUACAGUACGGGAAAUUACACACAUAGAUCACAACCGGGCUACAGUGGAGAUCAACUCCAAAGCCCUGCAGGACCAGCCGCUCAAGAUCGCACACCGACUUUCAAUGAUACGGGAAAGCCUUCAGAACCAGGAACGAGAUAUAAGAACAGAGGCCCUAGUGAUGGGAACAGAGACAAGGGUAACGGGAAAGGCAAACCGAACAAUAGAGGUUAUUCAUCGAAGUUGGGAAAGAUCUCGGCCGAACCGGACGAUGACGAACCGUUUUUCGAAACGGAGGACGAUUUACAAACGCAGACCAACGGAGGUUCUCAGACCAGCAGUCGUUGGAACGGAGAUGGCGGCCAACACCCUGAAUCAACAGAUCAGGUUACGUCGCCCUCAGCAGAGAGUGCCGAAAGCAGUAAUGGGCUCAAAUUUGGAAAUGGGUUCAAUGCUGGCGUCUUUUUUCCGGACCCUUCAUCAGCUACAGCAUACGAAGAUCCGAACAGUCAGCAGACCAUGCUGCCAAUGAACCUUGCACUAAGGGCUGGGUUUCUACUACCUCUAGGCCUUCCUUCCGGUGCUAUUGAUUACAGCGUCUCGACGAACAGAUCAAUCUCUGGUCCGCUUGACCAACGCUACAAAGUCCACCCUUCCUCAAAAUUCAACCCAGGGUCGGUGAGUACAUCAUAUGUUCUUUUUUCUGCAAGUCUGGGCUUGUUUUUGAUCCUGUUUCCAGGUAUUCAAGAUUUUGUGGCCAGAGCCCGCUGGUGUCAAUCUCAACGAGGUUUCAUGUGAAAUAGAGAGGGAUCUUGCACAGGACCCAACCCACCUGUUCUACUCGUCCAUCCGGCGUUACAUCGUCGUCGGAAACGAUGAAGGCAACUGUACCUGUGUCCCUAUUCUGACAUAUCUCAAAAGAGGAUGCAGCAAAACGGGCGUAAAGCCAAGGCAACACGGCAUCGCCUACCAUGUCGGAAACCAGCCCAAGAGUCUGGAAGGAGAACCCCAGCUGGGGUUCGAGCCAAUACAGAUUGAAAUGCUGGAUUCGCCCCACGAGACUCUGGCGAUGGAGUCCCGAGUCAACUACUCGAAGCUUAUGACGAUCGAGCACAACUACAAGGUUUUCUUCAUCGGCCGAGUCAACCCGGAAGACUUCAAGAACAUAGUCAUACCGGCGGUCGACGCUUGCUGGAACGCAAAAAACCGAGGCAUAACUAGCGAUCAUAACAGACAUAUAUCGAGAAGCUCGGUCGAGAGAUAGCGUGCCAUUGUCUAGGUUCUCGAUGCCAUGCUGGAGUGCUAAUGAAUGCCUGGUACUUUGCAAGAGUACAGUGUAACACACACUUAUUUGCGUAAGGAGAACUGGAGAAGAACCAUCUUUGGAUACCUAGAACCUGUCUGAGGACCGGCAGGAUGGUGACCCAUUAUUUACGUUGUCUCUGGUUUCAAAUUUUCUUUUAAUUUGCCCAUGGAUAGCUGGCUCAUGUUGAAAGUUUUUUU